AUGGCUCAACACCCCUCCUCAGAUACUACCAUCUUCCUAGAUCAGCCUCCAAGCUGUCUUCAAUUCCACCCAUCCUCCCCCAACCACUUCCUCGUAGGCACCUACCUGCUCUCAGAACACAAGGAAGAUGACUCUGCACCAAUCCAACAAACCAAAACUGGCAGUCUCCAACUAUGGCACUUAGACCCUGCCACCAAUCAACUAACCCUCCGCCACAAACACCCUCUCCCAUAUGCAGUCUUCGACCUGCAUUUCCACCCCACUGACCCAACGCUAGCUGCCAUUGCAACCAGCGCAGCUUCAGUGGUUUUCUUCCGUAUUACUGUCCCAGAGGGAGAGGAAAAUGACAGGACCCCUUUCAUCAAAGAGAUCCAAUCUCACCAAGUCCAUGAGGACCCCUCCAUCCCAGCCCUCUAUCUAGCCUGGUUACCGGCUGGAUGGCAUUCCACCACCACUUCCAAUGCUGGAACUGAAUAUGGCUUCGCCGUAACCUUCUCUGACGGCCUGACCACCCUCUUCAACACCAAAGUCUCUCCAUCUCCCAAUUCCUUCUCUAUAACAGAAGAAUCAUCCUACCCCGCAACCCAGCAAAUAGAAGUCUGGUAUGUAGCAGCAGCUACCUAUCCCCAACCCCACUCCAAUGGGGAUAAUAUGCGCUACAUCUUCACAGGCAGCGACUUCGGCUCGCUGCAUACUCGCUAUCUUCCAGCCCCCUCCAACACCAACAACUCCGACGAAGACAACGAUGAAGCUAACAUGCCCAUUCUUUCCCACGACGACCGCGCCCGCCACCACACAGCAGGCGUGACGGCCAUUCUGCCCCUCCCUGUGCCUAUGACCGAUGGGGCGCCGUGGCUUCUCACGGGGAGUUACGAUGAGUCGUUGCGGGUGUACCAUGCUUCCCGAAGGGGUGAGGUACUUGGGGAGAUUGGGUUGGGGGGUGGGGUUUGGAGGUUGCAGAUUCUUUCUACUCAUUCUCGUCCCGUGGAUGAUUCGGAGGGGGAUGUGGAGUGGACGUUCCUGGUGUUGGCGAGUUGUAUGCAUGCUGGUACGAGGGUGGUUAAGGUACGGGUUGUUCUUGGGGAGAGUGGGCAGGAGUGUGAAAUGGAGGUGGUGGCGGAGUUUACGGAGCAUGAGAGUAUGAAUUAUGCGAGUGAUGUGUGGAAUUGGGGAGGGCAUAAGGGAGGGGAAGGAAGGGAGUUGAAGGUUGUGUCGAGUAGUUUCUACGAUCGGAGAGUUUGUGUGUGGCGGGUUAAUGUUUGA